AUGAUUCCGACCAUCAAAAACUUGGAUUUCCGCGAGAUGUGGAGACCCUUUUUCCAGUUGAAUAUAAUGAUUCCGACCAUCAAAAACUUGGAUUUCCUCGAGAUGUGGAGACCCUUUUUCCAGCCCUACCAUUUGAGUAUUGUUCAAGAUAUAGAUCCACCAAAAAAAAAAGUCCCACAGAGUUUUGAUUAUAAACUCUACAAUCGAAAUGAUAUAAAACAAGAUUCUGGGUCCUUUCCAGAUUCUAGGGUUUGCUCAGUACAAAAUUCCAUCCCUUCAUCAGAGAUAAGAAUGAAGAGGACAGCAUAUUACAGCGCUGCUCCUCAGGUGCAGGAUCAUUGGCCAAUUAAGAAAGCACUCACACUCUCUGAUGUUGAUAUCACCCAUCCAUUCCUGACAUUAUCCAGGCAACAGGUUGAAACCCAUAUUGUUGUGUAUAUGACGUUUGAACAGGCAAAACUUUUAAGAGAAGAAGGCCAAGUGAGUUUUAAUGCCCAGGAUGAUGAUACUGGUGAUUUGUAUGUGAUGAAAUUGAAGUGGCGUGGGAGCUAUUAUAAUCUUAUAGGCAAAUGGGGAAAAGUGGUACGCGGAAAGGGACUUGAUGUUGGGCAAGAAAUUAAAUUGAGGUGGCUAAAUGGAUGUUUACACUUCUCAGUUCCACAGCGGCAGGUUGUUCUAGUACCACCAAUGCGAACAGUUACAGCACCUCUGGUUCCUGACCACUGGCCUCUUACAAAGGUCCUGACUUCGUCUGAUGUUGAUACUAACCAUCCUUUCCUCCCGCUGCCUCGUAAAGCUGUUGAAGAUCAUAUUCUUGCACAUUGGAUGCCACAAGAAAGAGAAAGAUUGAGAAAGGAAGAGCAGGUGCCUAUAAAUGCACGGGAUUAUGAUACGGGUGAUAUACAUAUGAUGAAAUUGAAGUGGCGAGGGAAUUAUUAUAACCUUAUUGGGAGAUGGGCAAAUAUAAUUAGACAGAAAGGACUUGGUGUUGGCAAAGAAAUCAGAAUAUGUUGGGCAAAUAAUUGCUUAUACUUCUCAGUUCCAGAUGAUCAUUACAUCGCAACAGCAUCUGGACACGAUAAUUGGCCUAUUAAGAAAGCACUCACAUUGUCCGACAUUGAUACCAAUCAUCCAUUCCUUACUUUGCCAGGCAAAGCAGUCAAGGAUCAUAUACUCGUCUACUGGACACAACAAGCUCGGGAACAGUUGAGUAGUGACCAUCAAGUUACCAUCAAUGCUCGGGAUGAUGACAGUGGUGAUCUGAAGAGAAAUCAGAGUGCGUUGGGACCAUGGAUGCUUGGUCUUCUCAGUUCCUCAAUGACAGUGUUGUUUUAUGUAGAUAGUCACGGGCCAUUUUUGAAGAUGUCUCGGCUCUGA